AAUCCAGCCGUUUUCCCUUUCCCCAGAGAUUCGCAUAUUCUCGCGAUGGGAGCGGAGGAAGCAGAGGGUACUCCCCCGCCGCUGCCCGCCACCGGCGAGCCCGCAACCACGGCAAGGGCGCAGCCAAUAUCUGCAGCACAAUUCCUCUCCUGGAAGCAGCGCAAGGAUGCAGAGGUAGCCGCAAGGAAAGCUGAAGCAGCUGAGAAGCGAGCUGAUGAUAUCGCUUCGGGAGCGGCGCAGAUGAACGGCCGCGAGCUGUUCCAACAUGAGCCCUGGGUGUUCGACAACAACAUUUACUGAGAUCGUGUCGGGCUACUGUUCCUGCAUUAGUCCAAGCUCCAGCGGUGGUUUCAUUUUGUACUGCUAUAUCAGCUUUGCGAAACUGUGGAUUUUAUUUCACCGUUUCUAAGAUUAUUCUCUCAAUAGGUAAUUGAACUUGUUUCAAAUACGUUUUGCCAAAUCUUUGUGCAGUCACCGAAUGGUAUCUAGUGUCGCUAUUCUUUUUCUAAAACUCUUA